AUGUUGGAAGGCAAAGCUUUGGUGAAAGAAACAGACAUGUCUCCCAAGAUGCAGAUCCAUGCCAUGGCCUCUGCUUCUCAUGCCCUUGAUCUAUAUGAUGUUUCUGAUUGCAUUUCUAUUGCUGCCCAUAUCAAGAAGGAAUUUGACAGUGUGUAUGGGAAUGGGUGGCAAUGUGUGGAUAGGUUUUUGAUUCAUCCUUCUGCGUCUGAUUUUGGGUCCAUGCACUAG